GGACUCGCGCCCCGCCCCUGGCCGUUUUUCCCCGCCCACAUAAGCUUUAAACACGCCCCCAGGCCUCAGUCCCCGCCCCCUGCCCGCCUUCCCAGUCCACUCUGCCCUACUAGGUCGCUGUGCAAGCAAGUGCAUUGCUUCAGGAGAUGAAGCAUAUAGUGAAGGCCGCCCUGUUGGCUGCGAGCGCUACAGGGCUUUUCUCCAGAGUCCAAAUUCCAGUUGCCGCAGGGAGAAGUUUUUCCAAAUCACAGUCCCUGGAUCAAAUGUCAGGUCCUGUGUGGAACCUGGGUCGGCUCAAUCACGUGGCCAUAGCAGUGCCAGAUUUGGGAAAGGCCUCGUCAUUUUAUAGGGAUGUUCUGGGGGCCCAGGUAAGUGAGGCGGUCCCUCUUCCGGAACAUGGAGUAUCUGUUGUUUUUGUCGACCUGGGCAACACCAAACUGGAACUUCUUCACCCACUGGGGAGCGACAGUCCAAUCUCAGGCUUUCUGCAGAAGAAGAAGGCUGGAGGAAUGCAUCACCUCUGCAUCGAGGUGGACGAUAUAGAGACAGCUGUGAAGGAUUUGAAGAAAAAGAAGAUUCAUAGUCUGACUGAUGAAACCAAAAUAGGAGCACAUGGGAAACCCGUGAUUUUCCUCCAUCCCAAAGACUGUGGUGGGGUCCUUGUAGAACUGGAGCAAGCAUGAUUUAUAUUUGUGCGACACUUACUUGACCUGAGCAGUCCUUAUCAACACUAUCAGAUGUAUUAUGCUACUGCUUCCGCGACUUAAAACUUCAAAUUAAUUACAGAAAGAUUAAAAAUAUAUGUACACGUGUGUGUAUAUAA